CCCAGGUCUUUGCAGUCAGGCGGAGGCCUAUGUCGGCGCCCACCACUCACCCGCCUUCCCCCGAGCAGCCGGCGCCCGGGAGGGCAUCGUGUUACACCGGGCCGCGGAGCACAAAGGACUGGGCGGCCGCUGGGGAUGCUACGGGCGGCGGGGGGUGUGAGCGGCCGCGGUGUGUGCGCCUGGAGGCUGCAGCCUGCGUUUCCGGCAGAGCCCCCUCUUCUGGCCUUGCAGCCCCUUUCCGCCUGCCUGGGCAUUGUUUUCUUAGAUCUCUGAAGAGUUGGACCUUUCAAAAUGGUGCCACUCUCUCCAUUUUCACCCACGAAUUAGGCCCUGGAAACUAAGUAGGCCUUUUGGGUGGGAGGGACAGCCCCAUUGCAGGGCACUGAAGGGAAUGGGUCGAGGCGCAGCUGAGGAUCCGGAAUACUCAGGCCCCAAAGUAUUGGCCUUAAAAUACCCCUCUGCCCCAUUCGAACCGCACACUUGAGGGACUGAUCACUGGGACACCCACGCCCCCAGAAGGGACUUGUUCAAGAUCACAUAAGUUAAGAAGAAGCCAGGACCAGAAUUCCUUGCUCCUGGCUUCUCACCAGUAGCUGCUCAGAGUGUGCCUCAAAGGUGUUAACUGUCUUGCCUAUGAUGAAGCCAUCAUGGCUCAGCAGGACCGAAUUCAGCAAGAGAUUGCUGUGCAGAAUCCUCUGGUAUCAGAGCGGCUGGAGCUCUCGGUCCUGUACAAGGAGUAUGCUGAGGAUGAUAAUAUCUAUCAACAGAAGAUCAAGGACCUCCACAAAAAGUAUUCGUACAUCCGCAAGACCAGGCCUGAUGGAAACUGCUUCUAUCGAGCUUUCGGGUUCUCCCACUUGGAGGCGCUGCUGGAUGACAGCAAGGAAUUGCAGAGGUUCAAGGCUGUGUCUGCCAAGAGCAAAGAAGACCUGGUGUCCCAGGGCUUCACUGAGUUCACAAUUGAGGAUUUCCACAAUACGUUCAUGGACCUGAUAGAGCAGGUGGAGAAGCAGAUCUCAGUAGCUGACCUGCUGGCCUCCUUCAAUGACCAGAGCACCUCAGACUACCUGGUGGUCUACCUGCGGCUGCUCACCUCUGGCUACCUGCAGCGGGAGAGCAAGUUCUUCGAGCACUUCAUCGAGGGUGGGCGGACGGUCAAGGAGUUCUGCCAGCAGGAAGUGGAGCCCAUGUGCAAGGAGAGCGACCACAUCCACAUCAUCGCGCUGGCCCAGGCACUCAGCGUCUCCAUCCAGGUGGAGUACAUGGACCGCGGCGAGGGCGGCACCACCAACCCGCACGUCUUCCCUGAGGGCUCUGAGCCCAAGGUCUACCUUCUCUACCGGCCUGGACACUACGACAUCCUCUACAAAUAGGGCUGGCCCUGCCCGCCGCUGCCCUGCUGCCCUCCCCUCUGCCAGGCGCUAGACAUGUACAGAGGUUUUUGUGUGGUUGUAAAUGGUCAUAUUUCACUCCCCCCCUUCCCUGUCAUACAACCUUCCACGUUUUAUUAAAGGGGAUGCUGGUGGUGAGCCCUGUGUGCGUGUCCCUGCUCUGCUGCUGCCCGCCUGGAUGCUAUGUGUCUGGCUGUCCCCCUCCCCCCCAGGUGGGUUCCUCUUGGCCUUUCACCUGUCCACCUCACGCCUCCCUACCAGCAGCAGUCAUGAGGGGCUGGGCCUCUUAGGGCCCCUCCUGGUUAUUGGGAUUCUGCCUAACCUCCUUCCCUCCUUAGCUGGCCCAGGGGCUUCCAUGGAAGUGUGGAAGUUCCAUGGGGACUUAACCAGGGACCUAGGACCAUCAAGGCUUCAAGCUGUGCCCCCAUAGGUCUACCUCCAUCCUGCUGUCUUGCCCAGGGCCCCAGACCCCAGCUGCCUGCUUUCCAUCAGGUCUGCAUGGUCAAGGAGCGCGGGGCAGAGAGGGCCCGCAUGAUGGUGAGGCCUGGCUCAGCAGGUGGAGGGGCUGGUGGGAGUAGGGCAGCCUUCAGGCCUCUGCUUAGUCGGGUCCCCAGGCAGGACUUGCCAGGCUGCCAUCCUCCUGCCCACCUGCCUGUGCCUGCUUUGCACCCCCUUUGCUUCAGCCACAGUGUCUGCAUUGCCUGCCUUUUUGCCUUCACCUCCUUUCCUCCCCCACCCCAGCACAUGUAGGGGCUCAGUCCCUAGGCUGUGAACUCCUUGGGGGGCAGGCCCUCAAUAAAUGUGAAGUGCUGCUGCCCACCUCU